CAACUGCAAAUACAUACUGCAUACGAUUGCUUAGAGCUAUGCCAAUCCAUAGCCUUCUAUAGCAUCUUCUUUUCUGCUAAGUAGAAGAACCAUGGAUCCUAGCGGAUUGCACCCGGAGCUGACGCCUCCGUGUUGGGCACAUGUAUUCAGCAUGCUGCCUUCUAGCGCGGCAGCCCGGGUCGCGUGCGUGCAAAAGCUUUGGAAGGACCUUGUCAAUAACGAUGAGCACCUUUGGAAGCGCGUUAUGGCUGAGGAAUUGGGCUUGUCAUCCAAGCGGGGUGCGGACGGCGCCGAGAAGCUUACGUUCAGGGCCGCGUACGUCAGCUGGCGUCAGUCGUACGGUCCCGAGUACUGGCCCUUCCUGCCUCGCGCCAUUCGAGCCUGGCAGCAGAUCAAGGACUGGCUGGCGGUGCACUACCCAGCCAUCCUGCAAACCAUCAAGCCCGGUCUGAGCGAGGCCGAGGUGGGCGCUGCGGAGGCGGAGCUGGGCUUCCGCCUGCCGCCCGCACUCAAGGUGAUAUACAGGCUGCAUGACGGCCAGGACCUGCUGCUGGAUGCCGCCCUGGAGCGCCACUGCCGCGCCGUCGCAGCAGCGCAGCAGGCAGCUAAGGAGGCAGCAGCCGCAGCAGCUGAGGCAGCAGCGGCGGGGGGAGCCCCCCGCCCCCCGGUGUUGCUGCCGCCCCCCCAGCUGCCGCAGCCCCCGGUGAUCGAGAGCGCUGGCGAGCUGGCCAGCAUCUUCCACGGACUGUUCGGGGGGUACAGCGUGUAUGCACACACGGUGGUGGGUCGCAUGAUGCCGCUGGGGAGGGCGGUGAUGUGGAGCCGGGAGAUGGAGCUGUCCAAGCUGGGUCCCCGCGUGUUGGCCUUCGCCUGCUCCUACCGCGUGCGGGACAAGCUCAUCGUGGCUGACCUGGGGCCGGAGGAGGAGCAGCAGCAGGGGCAGGGAGGGCAGCAGCAGGGAGCGGGGAGCAGUGCCGGUGCUGCCGCCCCCUCAGCAGCAGCAGCAGGGGCAGCAGGCGGGGGUGUGCGCGGCGGUGGGCGCAUGGCGGUGCUGCGGCGGGGCAUGCGGCGACCCGUGCUGCAGCCCGCGGGGCCCACCGAGUCCUCUCCGGGCGCCCGUGACGGCCCGCUGCGCUGGUUCGAGGAGUACGGCAGGAGGCUGGCGGAGGGGUACUACGAGGUGGCCUGCCUGGACGAGGACUACGAGGGCAGUCGCGCCAUCUGCCUCUUCCCGCUGCAGCCGCCGCUGCUGGCGGAGGCGAUCACGCGAGGAGUGAGGGUUCGCGCCAGUGUGGUCUACGCCCCCGAGCAGAGCCCUCCCGACAAACACCUCUUCGCCUACUGCAUCCGCAUGUCGCUGCUGGACGCGCAGCAGGCACGGCAGGCGGCACUGCAGCAGCAGCAGCAGGGGGGCGGAGCAGCGGCGGCGGUGACCCACGGGUCAUCCGUGGUGUCCAGGUGUCAGCUGCUGACGCGGCACUGGUUCAUCAAGGACUCACGGGACCGUGUGGAGACGGAGGUCCACGGCGAGGGUGUCAUCGGCAAGUACCCCGUGCUGGAGCCGGGAGCGGGGGCGGGUGCGGCGGCGGAGGAGUUCACCUACUGCAGCUGCACGCACCAGGGAGCGACCCGUGGGUCAAUGGAGGGCUCCUUCGACUUCAUGGAGGGAUCCGCGCCCGGGGGCGAUGCGGCGCCCGCCAUUGCCGCCGCGCUCGUGUCUGGCAACCCGGUACCUGCCGGGGUGCGGACGUUUAACGUGGCAUGUCCCACCUUCAGGCUGGAUGUGCCGGAGUACAUCUUUUGAAAGAUGCCGUACCGUAGUGGCUGUUGUGGCGAGUAGGGUGUCAGAGGACGUGUGUAAGAGGAGGGGCUCUGUCAUGCAGGUGUAGGUAAUGAGGAUUGGGUUUGCUGGUGCGGCUGUUUGGAUGUGGUCGUGGUUGCGGUUGGGCAGGCACGGUACGACGCGGGAGGGUUGUUAUGACCUCAUCCGUCACAUCUCACGUGUACAGAUUGAUGAGGGAGUUGCUUGGUGUGCGGAUACCGCUACUCCCUGGCUGGCCGGUAGUGUUCUUGUCCUGACUGCGCGCAUGGGGCCGUCCAGUUGUGGGCGAUGACGAUGUUCCUGCUGUUGGUGUGGCAGCUGCUGAUGUCAGCCUGCUGCUGCUGCUGCUGUUGUUGUGUUUCUCCAAUGUUGGUGGUGCCCGGUGGACGGGCCGUUGAUUGGGCCUCAUGGUUAGUUGUUCCUGUGUUGCGGGGGGGGUGCGGAAGAAAGCAUGCAUGCGGCAAGGAGUGCGCAGAGAGGGAAGGGAGGGGUUGCGGAUUCCUCCAUGGUUUGCUCGAGAGAAAGGCAUUUUAACAUGAUUGAACGUAUGUACGAUGUAUGGGAGCGAAGAUGGUGGUUAGUACUGCACGUCUUGCGUGCAAGAGCCUAUCGUCAUGCAGGGACGGUGGAUGGCGGACGGCGGAGCCGUGGAGCGAGGUUUCAGUUCAGGAUAAAAAUAUACAACAUUAAACGAAUAACCGGUAUAAUAAGCGAACUUCAACGGAUGGUGGCGCACGGGUUUAUGCAUAGGUCUGCGAGCAACCCCUGUGGCUUGAAGGAAAAUCAGGGCAGCGGUUUUCGGGCGGCCUUUGUGUUGCUGCUGCUGGCCGGGUAGAUAGGGCGAGCUGAGGCCCACCGCCGUCCGGUGGGUCAGGAGUUGCUUGGUUGCGUGAGCUGUCAGGGACGGGCAGCCGCAUGUAGAUUGAUAGGUAGCGGAAGAGGCGGUGUUUUGUGCUACGAAUGCGGUUCGCAGUUCUACAAAUGCGGUUCGCAGUAGUAGCAUGGCAGCCGUGGUUAAUUAGCAGCAGGAUGGUGCGAGGCGUGUUGUGGAAGUGUCCCGAACAGACUCCUAACAACCGGUGAUGUCACCUUUUGGGGCCUCCGUUGGCAGUACACUAUUACCGGUUAAAGGAACUGUGGAGCGUCAGAAUGGAGGUUGUGCAUGUUGGAAUAGAGCAUAAGGCUUCCGUAGUUACUUUGUUCAAGCUUUGUUUCCAGAAGGGGGAUAGUUGGAGAUAGGGCUCGUGUUUCAAUUGAAGAAUGCUGCUGGCAUAUUGUUACGUGUGGGGAGCUAGUGGUUAGUAGUUCCCAUGUGGGUAGGUAGCUCCCACAGAACCAGAGUACCGGUUUGUUGGACGCCGCCCUUUCAUGCUGCUCUUGUUCCGUUCAGCAGUAGUCGCGCGGCUGUUUGUUGGGCGGUUGUACGAUAGUUAGUGCAGUACAAUCGGCUCUUACUUGGUCGUGGAUGGUGCCAUGCAUGUUAGUGCGUAGUGCUAGUAGAACCAUACAUGUAUCGGGCGCGGCGAGAUGGCAGCCGCAAUUUCGUUGGUGUGAUGUAGUGAAAUGAAUAGUGUUAAUCUUCUCACCGAGUGGCGGAUAUGCAUUUUUAUCCAUGUCCAGUUGUUUGCAUGGUUGCGGAUGUACCGGUACGAAUGCCUGUAUGUUGUCGUUAAGGGUUCCCGGCUAAUGAUUGUUGGAGGUGAGUAACCGAAGUAACCCAUGCAUUGUCAAGCAACAAAUUGCAGGGAUUGUGCACACCUGCCUAGGAAGGGGGCAGGCAACCGUUUAUAGACCAAGCACUAACAGACACAUCC